CGUGUCACGGGCCUAAUUUGAGGUGUCAACAAACUAAAUAGUACGUAAAAAUACAGAAUCCGACACCUGUCAUUCCUGAUAGAACGUCAUUCAGCUGUCAAGAACGUCGUUUGUACCUAUGCGACGGAAGCUUUUUUCAGCUUGAUAGAGGGGAUCGUCUUCUCAGAGGUGAUACAAUUAAAUUCGGGCCAAUCAUGUCGCCUGUGUAUCCAACAUUGCCCAGGUUGGCUGUCCGCGACAGUUUUGACGAUGAGGAUCUGAGUGACGUCGAUGACGAGGUUUUCAUAAGAGAUGGGAGAAACGGAGGUCUGAAGAUAGAUGACGAGGGGGGAGUCAAGAGGCCGUUAAUGGCUCCCCGUAGAAAAUGCAAAAUAAGUAGACAAACUGAUAGGAGAAGACUGAAUUGUAAAGCGCUGUUGGUUCCCUGCUGCUAUGGAAGUAUAGCGCUGUUCGUUCUCUUAGGACUAAUCACCCUGGUCAUAUUUGCCGUCAGUGUCUUUCCCGUCCCAUUAACAUUUCUACAAAAUUGGCUUGCACAAGGCAUAGAAACCAAGAUUCCGGAACUCGAUAUCGCCGCUUGCACAUCACUUGCUGCAAGCACUGUCUGGACCAGGUCUUUACCCAAAUUGACGUCAGAAGCUCCUCUGCGAAGCCUAGAUGCGAACGGCGACAAUAUCAACGACAUCAUUGUUGCCUUCAGCACAGGAUUAAGUGACGUCGAAGCACCUCAGUACGUGUGCAAUGUAUACUUUGGAGGUCAGACCGAAUGCCUGGGUGGAGUCCUUGCUUUGGAUGGAACAACCGGGGAAACGAUAUGGACGCACUGGUCUUGGCAUGUAAUAUUUUCUCUGGACUGUUCUAUGGACGUCAAUGGUGACGAGACGAAAGACUGCAUCGCAGCUGGCCGAGGUGGCACAAUGCGCGCUAUAAGCGGGCGAGACGGUUCUAUGAUAUGGGCAUUGCCGCUACAAGAUCUCGACAAAUCGGGCCAUCACAGAAUCCUAGACGUUUAUGAUGCUAAUUACAUGGCUGAUAUAGACGGCGAUGAGGUUGGAGAUAUUAUUGCUGCUCAUACAAUGCAAAUAGGUACCAAGAGAUCCAGUAAUGUUGUUGUUGUAUCUGGAAAAACUGGGGAUAUUCUUCACAAAGUUGCUAUAAACAAGGAACAGUUGUUCCUUGCCCCACAGGCUCUGGUCCACCCAGACGGGGAAAAAAUAUUGGUCAUAGUUACAGGAAGCCACGAACAGCCGGGAGGACUAUACGUCGCUUCAUUUUCAGACCUUUACGCAGAAUUUAAACUGAAAGAACUCCAUCACGACUCGAAGAAAGGUAUCUUGACACAGCCUGUCCUUGCAGAUAUAACAGGAGAUGGCACAGAAGAUAUCAUAGUAGCCAAGUUCAAUUCGACAAUCAUCUCUUAUGAUGGACGAUCCUUCGAGCAGAUAUGGAACUACACAGUUCCAAAUUCAGAAGUAAUAAGCAGUCCGAUUCCUGGUUAUUACAAUGACGACGAUACUCCAGAUUUUAUGGUGAAGCACCAACUUGGGCCAGGAUUUCCAGUGUAUUAUUACACAGUGGCCACAAUUCUGGAUGGAAAAACCGGUAAACCAUUGUUAGAAAAUGAACUGCAGGACAGUAUGAGUGGUCAAAUGUCAGGAUUAUCGGUUACUGUGGAUGGAUACGGCAAUGACUGGUUCUUGCACUGGUCAGCGGACUGUUUGAAUCAUGAAGGAGACAAAAACGUCUUCGAGUUUCUUAAAACUACGUCGUUCUCUGCUCGAAUGGGUGCAGAUCUCUGCAAGUUACGAUUCAACUCCACGCUGUCUACUAAAUUGUUGGCAUUAAGUCAGCACACUGCACCUCCUGGGCUGCCAAUAUAUAAUUCUGACGAAUGGAAAAAAUUGGAGUACAAUAAUUCCAUUGAUCCCAGAAAGGAGGCUGAGAAAUAUUCGGAAAUGCACCCAGAUUACGACGGACUUAAUCCAGAAAUUGGUGUUUCAUCCAUCACCGAAAGAUCGCUGAGAAUUCAACCAAACCUUCGCGUCGGGCCGAGUAAGUCCCAGAAUAAUGAAAAUGAUAUUUUUUCAGACCAAUUCAAUUAUUAUCCAAAUUCAAAACUCGGCAAUGAUUUCCAAGAUCUCAAAGCAGGCAUUGAUAGCAACCCUGAAACCAACGUGUCUGGAGAUUUUGAUUCUGCUGAGGAUUGGAGAGAUACCAAUAAAUGGGAUGAUGAAAAUAAAGAUUACGAUCUUCUUUACGAUGAAGGAUCAAACCAUGACAUUGAUGUAGAAAAAGGUAAUGGAGUUCGCGAACAGCGCAGCGGUUUUAUUGAUACUAAAAAAAUCGGUAACUAUACUGACAAUGUGAAAAAUGAAUUCGACCCCAACAUGGAUUAUACAAAUGGACAAACUGAGAACAACAAGUACAAUCGGACAACAAACAUUGAGGAAAGCCUGAGUUAUCCGGAAUUUGAUGUAAAUUUGGAUAAUUCUGCCUACACUCAACAAAAGCGGAGUAUCGAUGGUAACAAAAAUAAGUCCGAAGGAAAUCAGGGUCAAGAAGAAAUAGCUGUUGGAAAUUUACAAAAUAGCCGGAAGUACGAAAGAUUUUUCAAAAUAGACAAGCGGCCAAAUCAUCAACUGUCGCCCAAAAAAAACGAGAAUCAAUCUUUAACUGGUCAAAAUGUUGGCAAAGUUAUGGAAGCACGCCUACUCCACGAAGGAUCUGUUCUGAAUGUAUCAAUUAUCGAUGUAACCGAAACAAAAAAUUCUAGCGAUCAGCCGAACUGGAUAGCAAAAAUCAUUGAGAGACCAACAGAGCCAAACGGUACGGUAAAAGAAGAAGUAGUCGUGAAUGAGGUAAGAGCGAAAGAUUCUUGGAUGACAAGGGAUGUAUUUUCCAAGGUAACGAAAAAUAACGAAGAAGAUGCGAACAUUGAGAAGAUAUUUCAACGGGAAUCAAUGAAAAAUCGACAAAUUUUUCUAAAUAACAACAACAACAACAAAAUCAAAUCAAAGAGAGAAGCAAAACUUGUUGAUUCUCAGAACGAAUAUAUGGAUGGUGUACAAAGGCAACCGCCUACAGGCAUAUUGUUACCUUCGUUAAAUAAAAGUGGAAAGCCUUCAAAUUCAGUUGAUUUAGUGUUUUUAACAUCAUGGCUGCCGCCUUCUGAUGCUUCUGUUAUCCUGCUCCAGCAGGACCUGGACUGUAUUCAUAGAAAAAGGAAAGAAUCUGCAUCGCCCGGUUCUCGUGGGAAGAAUACUAAAAAAGAACGAACACAAAUGAUACUUGAAUGCCUGGCAGAACGUGGCAUUGAUUACAAGAUACUUCAAGAGGGUACUGAUAGAGAGAAUGUGAAAAUACCCCUAGGUCAAAUGACAAUUUACAGAAUGAAAUUAGAAUGCGUUUGUCCCGAAGAUAUGCUAUCAGGACAGACUUGCCGAAGUAUAUCGUCGCAGCAAAGCUGGCCUCAGCAUUUGGGUCCAUCGACGAACGGGUAUUUCAAACCCCUGAGAAAACCAGCUUCGUGAAAUGUUGAUACUAUGCAUAAUAAUACUUAUACAUUAAAAGAAACAAAAAAAAUGCUACAAAAUUAUACGAAAUAAUUCUUUCAAUGUUUAUCGCAUAAUCAAAAAUUGUUAGUAUUGAACAUAUUUUUGUUUCAUUUAACUCUACAUAUAAUACAUCGGUGAAUGCUGGUUCUUCGUGAAUCGUUAUAAUCAUUAUCUUUCGCCUGUCUGAUAAGGAAUACAAGGUAUACCCUUACACGAUUUUUUGGCAAUAUAAAAAAAAACCAAAUCGAGGAUCGCGUGUAGACACCUAUUUUUCUCUUUCAUU